AUGGUAGUCUUUCCAGAAGUGGUCAUGGAGAGUCGGCCUACGACACAAAUGCAAGAAGAAAGUAAGUGAAUUCUGAACUUCUAACUCACAUUUUUAGUUUCAACCAAAUAAAAUAGUGGUUCCAAGUAAUUCUGGUUAACUUAAAAGCAAUGAAAAUGAGUUCGAAAAGUGAUUAGUUAGAAUCAAUCGAUGUCUUCGAUUCACAGAACCUCAAAAAGUACUUCAGAUCCUUGGAGACCCGUUCUCGUAAUGCGAGCUCCCAUGCAGCUUCACGGAACACAUCUCUUUCCGCAGGACAACGACAAGGGACACUUCCGCCAACCACUCCAAACAAGUUUGUAAUUGCUCAGAGUGCAUUUCUCAUCCAGAUAAAUGUUCCAGAAGAAGUUCCUCCGCUCCCAGAACUCCCGGUCAACGUCUCAAAACACCGUAGGUUUUCAAUGUAGAGUUUGGCGUGCCGUGUUUUAUUAUUUUGUCGAAUUGAACCUUUUUUGCAUGGUCCCUUUUCAGAGUUUCACUUGCUGCAAAGCUCAACAAAACGGCAGUACGACACUGAUUCGCUUGGAAUUUUUGAUGAUUUCUUGAUUCGUUUUGUUCAUCCACAUUGA